GGGAAUUCCAUUUUGGCACGGUCGCCAUGUUAUAUUAUACACGAGCAAAGUACAGUGUCGAUGUCGGGUUUUAAAAAAAGACUUGUUACAAGAACUCGAUGUAAAUAAAAAAACAUUUUUAUGAUAUGUGAAAAACAGAAGAAGAUGAUAUCAUCAGGAUGGAUGGGAAAAGCGAAACAGUCAAGCUACGAUUGGCUGUAUGUGAGGCUGGUCACAGAGGUAGGGUGCAGGGAUUGCUUCAUAUGCUCUCACGCACUUACCCUGAAUUAGAAGUCGAAUACUAUGAACUACCGUACAAUCGCAAUGAAAUUGAUGAUUUCAAGUUAGCAUCCGAUACCAACCUCGUGCUACUAUGUCAUUCUAUCGGGAACAGAAGAAUUGUCAUCACUGAUGUCCAGGGCGCCCUCUACGAUGAAUUCCUGAACUACACAGCUGAAACCGUCGGUCGAGACAGGGUAUGUAUUAUAGUCCACGACUUUACAUCAAUCGAAGAUUUGAGCAAACCUGAUAGGUACAAACUGAAGAUGGAACAGUUGAGAAAUCAACAAGGUAAAGCCUUUAAAAACUCUUAUCUUGUCAUGAUGUGUGGUGAACUUUGUGGACCAGGCGUUCAGUUACUGCAAAGAAACUUGAACGACUUGGAUGUAUUCAUAAGGAAUGCGUUCUUGGAAGUGGAGGUUGCGACGUCAAACCUUAGUUUCUUCAUAUUCAGACACAAUGGAAGAAGGGCCUUGUUUUACCAACUGUUUGCAACAUUGUCAUAUCUGGGUAAAUUACUGACAAAGGCCCGAGACAAAGGCCCCAGUAAGCCAGAUCCAGUCCGGGUCAUAAAAAGGGCUCCAGCCCGGACUAUGGCACGGGCUGCAGCUCAACAAAAUGUAAAAAUGGUAACGCUAAAAUCGGGGCUUUGAUCCAUUCCGAGACUUGUUUCAAUUCAUUGGUUGACCCGUUCACUGUGUCAAGUAAAUGCUUUGGGCCCGUUUGGGAAAAGACGUUCAUCGAUACAAGCAAGAAAAUGAAGCGGGUCUAAUAGUGAGCCUUGUGGGACUCCACAUGAAAUUAAUUUGGUAGUAAAAUUGGCAUUUGUCAUAAAAAGUUGGAAACAUACUGGUAUCUUUUUUUAGAUAGAUUCUAAACUACACCAAUACUGUCCCUCUGAUUCCAUAUAAUUGAGUUUGUACCACAGCAUAAUCAUGAUUAAUUGUGUUUAAAGCCUAAUUGGAGAAGUCAAGGUACAAUAUAUUUAUUCAAUUCCAUUAGUAAUUCAGUAAUCAUUCUUAAUGAAUCAAUGGUAGUACUUUCUCUUUCACGGAAACCAAACUGCAAAGAAUAAACAAUCAUUGUAUGUGUAUUUAUUUUUUCCCCUUGUGUAAAUACUACUUUUCCAUAACUGUUGAUGCAAGCGGAAAC